AUGCUUAAGUUGGUGAAGGAUCGCGCAAACGGUGCCGCCGGGCAAUCUCCACCACCUGACAUCAUUCGGCAAUUGGCCGACCAGCAGGCUGAAUUUUUACGUGUGAUGACGGCAAACAUGGCUCCCGUACCUACCGCUUCUCAUGUGUUGGCUAGAAACAGUGCUAUACCUCUGCCUACCGAUCUGAAAUUGCCACAAAUGAAUAUGCCUAUCUUCAGUGGCAACUACCUUGAAUGGCAAUCCUUUUUUGACUUGUUCGACAGUCUGGUGCACCAAAACCCAGGACUGAAAGAUAGUCAGAAGCUGUACUAUUUAAAAACGAAUUUAUCGGGUGAGGCGGCUUCAUUGAUCUCGCAUCUAAAAAUUACCGAUGCAAAUUACGGACUCGCUCUAGAGAAGCUAAAAUCAAGGUAUGAUAAGCCACGUGAAAUAGCAAAUCAGCAUAUCAAACGAUUUUUAACUCAGCCUCCGCUAGCAUCAUCUUCAGCGCACGGCUUACGAUCGUUGCACGAUAUUUCGGAUGAGGUAAUUCGUGCUUUAAAGGCAAUAGAUAUGGAGGAUCGUGACACGUGGCUCCUGUUCAUACUCAGCGAAAAGGUGGAUGCGGACACGAAACAGCUUUGGUGUCAGAAGACUGCCGAAAUGGAAGAAGAUGACGUGAACCUACAAUGCUUUCUAAAAUUUAUUGAAUCGAGGAGUUUCGCUUUGGAGUCAGCUCAAUCAGUGAAGUCGAAAGCUAGUGUGCCCUUCAAACAACCUUCCAAGCUUCAAUACAGAGGCGCCACCGCAUUCGUCGCCACGAAUCCUCCGCUCUGCAACGUUUGCUCGAAGCAAAAUCAUCAUCUUUACCAAUGUGGUAAAUUUCUCCACAUGAGCCACGACGAACGCCUCGCUCAUGUAAAUAGGAUGAAGCUGUGUAACAAUUGUCUUAAAACACAUCCAGGUGAAGCUUGUAAAGCAGGUACGUGUAGAAAGUGCAAUUUAUCUCAUCACACCCUGCUGCACCAUCACUCGUCACCAGCAAUCACGCAGCCAACCAGAUCAGCAUCAGUCAUGGCCCAGGCAAAUUUAGGACAGUCAGCUCAGUCUUUAAUUUCGGCCCUCGACUCCCCUACCUGCAUCGAUGCUUCUAAUGUGCUUCUUGCUACCGUUGCAAUUAAUGUUCUGGACAGCAAUGGACACCCUCGAGCUUGCCGUGCAGUGCUAGAUUGCGCGUCUCAAGUUAGCUUCAUAAGUGAAACAUUCUGCAAGCAGCUCGGACUCAAAACGCAAGCAGCCGACGUAAGUCUUGAAGGCAUUUCUGCUACACCCGCGCACGCUAACAAGUGUGCAGAAAUAAUCAUCUCAUCCCGCUGUACGGACUAUCGCACCUCUGUGCCUUGCAUUGUGUUGGAGACCAUCAGCAAAACGCUUCCCUGCAAGCCAGCUAAUAUCGAUGAUUGGCCCAUACCAGGAUCAGUGCAUCUGGCUGAUCCACUCUUUCAUCGCCCGGGUAAGGUAGAAGUGUUGCUGGGCAUUGAAUUGUUUUUCCAGUUACUGGAGCCCGGCAAAAUAAAUCUCAGUAUUGACGACAGCUUACCAACAUUACAAAAUACUAAGCUCGGCUGGGUAAUCGCAGGCCGCUAUCAUGAACCCAAAUAUGAUAAUGAAUCUCAUACCUCAACCUGCUUGUUGACAUCGACCGACGGUGAUCUCUCUCAGCAACUGCGCAAGGUCUGGGAAUUAGAAGAAUACUCAACCACUACCAAUCAUCUCAGCGAAGAGGAACAACUUUGCGAGCAACAUUUCGCUGAACACACAGUCCGAGCGGAGCAUGGAAAAUUUAUAGUCAAGCUCCCAUUUUUACGUGACCCGAGUCAACUGGGUGAUUCAAAACAAAUUGCGGAGAGAAGGCUGUACCACCUCGAGAGGAAACUCGACCGAAAUCCUCAGCUCAGAAGCGAAUACCAUGCUUUCAUUCGUGAGUAUAUUGAUCUCGGCCACAUGUCACUUGUUGAAACAAUUUCACCCAAAAUAUCGGUUUACCUGCCACACCAUUGCGUGGUUAAAACUACAAGUACGACCACCAAAUGCCGGGUUGUGUUCGACGCUUCGGCAAAGACCACCAAUGGUCUCUCGUUGAAUGACACGCUUAUGUGCGGACCCGUCAUCCAAGAUUCAUUGAUCAACAUUUUGUUGCGUUUCCGUUUCCCACCAAUCGUUUUGGUCGGAGAUGUAAAACAAAUGUACCGUAUGAUAUGGUCGAACAAGGACGAUUGUGCCCUUCUCAAAAUCUUGUGGAGAUGGAAUAAGGAUGAAAGUGUGAAGGAAUAUCGUUUAAAUACGGUGACGUUUGGAACCAAAAGCGCAUCCUAUUUAGCCACAAAAUGCGUUCAGCAGCUUUUGGAGUCGUACCGCCAGCAAUAUCCCGUGGCUGUUGAGAAAGCUGAGAAGGGGAUAUACAUCGAUGACGUUCUUACUGGCGCGUCGUCUGAAGCAGAAGCGAAGAUGUUGCGAGAACAACUCACCGAGAUGUUUGCAGCAGGUGGUUUUCAUCUCCGGAAAUGGGUAUCAAACUGUUCUGACGUCUUGGACGGAGUUCCUGAGGCAGAUUUGGAGCUGAAAAUCCCCAUCGAAGAAAACGGAAGCAGCAUCAAGGCUCUUGGUAUGCAUUGGCAGCCGUGCAGUGACGAGUUCCACUUUGCGUACUAUCCGAAAGAGAUCUCUCAGCCCACAAAACGCACUAUCCUAUCCCAGAUUGCCGGCCUCUUCGACCCUUUGGGACUUCUCGCACCGAUCAUCGUACGGGCAAAACUGGUGAUGCAGCGAUUGUGGGAGCUGAGGGUGGACUGGGAUGCAACUCCCCCCGAUUCCACGCAGAGCAAUCGACAUGCGAAGCUGGUCUCGUCUCUACCUGCACGGUUACUGCGAUGCAUCCAACUCAGCAAUGGGCGCUUGCAUCUACAUACGAGCCAUAGACGACAAAGGGAAUGUUUCGUCUCAUCUUCUUUGUGCCAAGUCGAAACUGGCUCCCAUAGGCAACAACAGAACAACUAUACCUCGUCUGGAAUUGUGUUCAGCGGUCAUUCUCGCACGGCUUAUCUCAAACCGGUCAUUCUCGCACGGCUUAUCUCAAACGUGAGAGCCGCACUCUCUUCGACGGCGUUCUACGAGAUAAAAGCGUUUUCUGAUUCGAAGGUGGCGUUGGCAUGGAUGUCGGCCGGUGCUGCGAAGUGGAAAACUUUCAUAGCAAAUCGUGUCGCAGAGAUCGCCACCCAUUUACCUUCCAUCAACUGGUAUCACGUGGGUACUCGAGACAAUCCUGCAGACCUAAUCUCGCGUGGUGCAUUUCCCGAUCAACUUCAGGGAAACUCUCUUUGGUGGCACGGUCCCCCCUGGACGCCAUCUGGGACGGAGAAAAACUUUGCAAUGGGACUUGAGUGCGACACUAAUGAGCAACGGCAAAUUAAAAGAGAACAGCGAGUUACAACCGUGGCAUGUUUCGCUGUAUACGAGAACAGUUUUUUGGAUAAAAUGCUGUCCAGAUAUUAUCCCAAUCUGCAACUUUUGCUUCGCGUGACCGCUAGGCUGCUUCGGUUUAAUCAUCGUGAGUUCCGAGUCUCUGAUCGUUUAACACCCGACGAGAUCGAUUUCGCCUUAGUGAAAUAUCUUCAACACGUACAACAGCAGCAUUUCUCAGCAGAACUCAACCAACUACAACGAGGCUCCGGCGUCUUGAGUAGUAGCUCUUCAAAGCAGCUCGAUCCGUUCCUGUAUGUAAACAGUCUCAUCAGGGUGGGCGGAAGGCUGCGUCAGUCCAAUUUAAGCUAUGAUAAUAAGCAUCAAAUUGUACUACCUCGACACUCAAGAUUGACUUCGCUAAUCCUUCUCUACGAGCACCAAGAGCACCUGCAUUGUGGCCCACAGUCGUUGCUAGCUGCCACCCGAGUACGUUUCUGGAUUCUUAAAGGGAGUAGUGCAGCCCGCAAAGUGUGUCGAGAUUGUGUGACGUGUCAUCGGGUCCAACCGGCGCGCAUGGAGCAACAAAUGGGGCAAUUACCAGCUGACCGUUUAAAACCACUUCCACCGUUUAGCAUCACAGGGGUUGAUUACGCUGGUCCGGUGCAAAUAAUCGGACGAAGGGCUCGUGGCGCUGUACCGACGAAAGGAUAUAUUGCCUUGUUUGUUUGCUUUGGGACACGAGCAGUACAUCUGGAAGCAGUUUCCGAUUUAAGUGCAUCAGCAUUCCUCGCUGCUUUCACACGAUUUAUCAGUCGAUACGGAGUGCCCAAUGGGAUGUAUUCUGAUAACGCUACAAAUCUGCGAUCCGCAGCGAAAAUUCUUCGGGAACUCUACAAGCAGAUCGAUUGUACAGAACGCAGUGACGAGGUUAACGACUUCCUAUCCAACCGGCGUGUUGAAUGGUUCUUCAUACCCGCGCGCUCUCCUCACCAUGGUGGACUGUGGGAGGCUGGCAUCAAAGUGACGAAGACUUUUCUCAACAAAAUUGGAGGUAAUUAUAACUACACUUUUGAGGAAUUAAGCACUCUUCUCGCCCAGGUCGCUGCGUGCAUGAAUUCGCGUCCGAUCUCUACAAUUUCGGACGAUCCCAGGGAUCCGCAACCUCUAACACCGGCGCACUUCUUAAUCCUACGGCCCCUUGGCGCGCUUCCUGAAGUCAAUCACUUGGAACAACAAAUUGGCUCGUUAUCCCGAUGGAAAUAUGUGCAACGUUUGGCUCAGGAAUUUCGGGUUCGCUGGCAGACAGAAUAUGUCCAAUCAUUGCAGAAGCUGGCAAAAUGGCAAUCUUCGUCACCAAACAUUGCCAAAGGUGAUUUUGUCCUGCUUACUGACGACAACGAGAAACCUCAGCAGUGGCCGCUAGGACGAAUCGUGGAGCUCUUUCCCGGGCAAGAUGGACUUGUUAGAGUGGUUGCAGUUCAAACUGCCAGCGGUGUUUUUCGACGUGACAUCAGGAAGCUACGUCGAUUUCCUCUGGAUAUGGACGAAUACGUGGCAGGAAGGAAUGGGUCGGAAAUUCCUACUCGGAAUUUGGUGGGCGGUUUAUGUUCGCGCAAGAACCAAGAGCCACCCUAUUUACUGCGGUCGAAACAGAUCUAA